UUUGCAAAACAUUAUCAGUUUACGCGCGUAAACAUAAGGAAGUAACUCGUGAAUUUCACGGGAAACUUUUCAUGAGCAACAGCUGAGAUAGUCUUCCAAGAAAACAUAACAAUUGACAAUGCAAAGGUGAAUACGCUUUAUCAACAUAAAUGUGUAAAAGACUGCGAUCACAAUUGAAAAAGGGCAGUGUGGAAUCUUUUUGAACGCAGAAUAACAAUAUCCAAGUCAGCUGAUUCGAAACUACUUGAGUCGAUAUAUCGACUUAAAAAACUUUUACUGUUGCAAGACUUUGCACGAUACUCUAAAAUGUUAGUGUGAAUUUCCCUGCUUGGAAAAGAGAGCUUUGAAGCCAAAAUUUCUAAAGUUGCCCUUGGAAAAUAUCCACAAAACUUGGACAACCCCUGUACAUAGCCUAGUCUGGCAUCAUGGCUUCUCGACUCCACAAUAGUCUGAUAGACUUGCUGGUGAUGGUGGGACUGGAUCAGGAGACUGGUCUUAAACCCAAUGUGACGGACAGCAGUGCCAACGACCCACUUUUCCUCAGCAAUUACGAGCCUCAGGUGCUAGCCUCGAUAUCAGCGCAAUGUGCCAUGUUCCCUCAGUCAUUCCCAAACCAGGAUGAGGCUUAUCCUCCCACUGAUGCUGUAGACAACAGGACAGUGCUGACCCCUAUCAGUGAACAGGAGGAUGCACAUUUCAGAGCAUGUGAUCGAAGGAAAAGGAUAGCCAAAAGCCUUCCGCGCCGUGUGACCCUGGGCACCAUUGCAGGUGGUCGUAAGAUGCUGCGCAUGCUCAGUACGUCUGGUGGAGAGCUGCCAAUAUCUGCGGAGGUUAUACAGUCUCUGACAGCCUUCUGUUUUCCAGAUGGCAUGAAGGUCUACCGCCACAGCACGCCUACCCACAUCCAUUUCCUGGUGCUGACGGACAUCACUGGAGAGCGCUCCUAUGCUGCAUGUGCGACGUACACCAGAUCCUUCAUGUGCAAGAGUUGUAGAGUGGAUGAAGGAGACGAUCACUAUUAUGAUGCCAUUCCUGAAGACUUAAUUGAAGAUGGCUCUGCACACAAGAUGGGCCAGAGAGUCUACAUUCCAUGUUGUCUGACUUUAAUAUCCAAAUAUCCCUACUUCACUGUAAUGAAGGAGUGCUUGUCAUGUCUUGUACCCAAGCUGCAGUCAAACCCAAGAGAAGUGAAGACAACUCUGGAAAAGUUUGCCUUACAGUUGUCUGCUACACCGGUGCCACCUGCUGGCAAUGUGGCCAUUAGGUUUUACCUGGACACGUACCCUGUGACCCUCUACCCCUCAGAUGACCCAAACAAGGAGGUGGUCAACAUGCAACUCAACCACGUGUUUCUCAAGUUUGACCCAGACGCCAUUUUGACUGUGAUACGAAGUAUUUUGACACAGCAGAGGAUUGUCUUUAUGUCCAGCUGUUAUGCCAUGCUGACCACUGUGAUGGAGAGUUUUCUCGUUUUCGUCCGCCCCUUUGUGUGGAACUAUACCUAUGUGCCCCUGAUUCCUGAGAAGCUGCUGACACUGCUGGAGGCUCUAGGUUGUUUUAUUAUGGGAUGCCAUGCCAGACACAAAGGACUUGUUGAACAGAUUGAAGGCAUAGUAGCGGUCAAUAUAGACGAUGGGUCGGUGGAUGUGUGCAGUACCCUGAAUAUCCCACAUCUGCCAUUUGCAGCAGAACAGGAUUUUAAGCAAGCAGUGUCACAAAUGAAACCAAGACUCAACAUGGAGAUGGCCCAAGUGGAGAGACCCUGUCCUGUCAACUUAGAGCAGCUGACACACAACAGAGACAUGUUCCAGCUCCAGAUCAACAAGGACAUCCAGGCAGUGUGUCUAGAACUCAUGGUGAACCUCUUCAGAGAAGUGAAGAAAUAUAUCAGAGAAGCCAGCAGCUUCUUCAACAAAGAUCAGUUCUUGGAAAAUCAAAGAGAAGAGGAACUACCUUUUUAUAGAGAGGUUGUUUCCACAGAACUUUUCAAGGCCUUUGUCAGAUCACGGUUUCAAGGGGCAGACUUUUUCGAUGAAUUUGAAGACAAGAUGAAACUAGCCACUCGCCAACAUGCUGGACCAAAGUUUCAGAACCCAGAUGAUCAAGUGAGGCCAGGCCAGUUAAAGAAAAGGACCCCCAGUUACAGCAACCUGUUUAGUAGCCCGCGGCCCGCGUGGUCUGGACACACAGGUGCUCUCACCUCCAAGACAGACUACAUUGUCUUCCAGCUUCCUAGGUUCAGGUUCGAGUCUGUGGCAGGGUAUCACAAAGUGCUCAUGGAGGAGCUGACACGGAGGGAGAAAUGCUGUAAGCAAGCCAACAUGUUCCCAAGGAAGGCAGUCUACCUGUACUUGAGAGGGGCACUACAGAUUGCCUGCGAUGAACCAAUUCGAGGACUGAGAGAUUUUGAUGCCAUUUGCAAAUACAACAAAGCACUCUUCCCCAGCAAGCAAGUAGGGAGUGUGAUAGCCAGAUUAACUCCCACCCAGAAAGAGAUCCUGAGCCUCCAGGAGUGGUACAAGAGAUCAGAACAGCUGCAGAGGAUUGAGGAGAGCAAGGGGAAACGCGGGGAUGACAUUGUGAUUAUCAUGGAGUUUGAGAAAAUUCCAGAAGACCCUAUUUAUAUCCAAGACUUCUCCAGCCUGGUGGAAUACAUGGACAUAGCAUCUGACCAUGACACCAUUCAGCGGCUGUUUAAUGCACUGACUGUCACUUGUCAGGACAACCAGAUGUAUACACCCCUGGACCCUGGCACAUUUACUGUUUUCUAUGAAUGCUUGAAAGAAAACGAGAGCACUUGCCAUGAACCCAAAAUUCCCGAGGGAUGCCUUGGCGAGAAUGAGUGCAUUCUGAAAGUAUCUCAAAUGAUUGACACCAGGGGGAGGUUUAAGGACGUAGACUCUGGCAACAUGGAGGUCUAUGGACCUGGGAGAUUGAUAUUAACACAGAGAAGGUUGUGCUUCAUAUGUGAAGGGACCCACAGAUUUUGUGACAUAGUUCGACUGCGGGACAUCAUAUGUUUGGAGAAAUCUACAGAAGGGUACUCCAUAUAUGGAAAAAGGGAAAAUUCUCUGAAGAUUUAUUCCAAAGUGAUGGAUACCACCCAGGUUGUAUUCACAGCCAUAUUGAAGGAGGAGCGGAACUAUUGGUUCACUCUGAUCACUGAGAUGUGGUCAGGCAAGCUGAUGUCCGAGGAGUACAAGGACCCGGGUCUGAUACAGCAGGCAGCUAAGAAUGUGAUACUCAUUGAUGCUGUGAUCAAAAGGUAG